UACAUAUUUAUGUUUGUACACAUUUUUCUUUUUCUCUUUAUGGUUCUUAUAAUAAUAAUAAUAAUAAUAAUAAUAAUAAUAAUAAGUUGGAGUGGGUUUUUAUUGAAGAAUAAGUUUAAUAAUAAGAUGUUUAUGAACAAUAAGUAUAGAAGAAGAUUUGAAAUAAUUAAUAGUGAGGAUAUAAUAUUAUGUGUUAUGUAUGGAUUGAGUGGUUAUUACUCACAGUCUCCACAAUCCUCAAUCAAAUGAAUGUCAAAACAUAUAAUCAAUUCAAUAAUAAUGUUUCUUUCUUUUUUCCAAAAUUGCUUUCCUAAGAUGUUUUUUUUUGGAAAAUUUACAUUUGGAGCCUUUAUUUUGAUCUAAUUUCCUUUUUUGCCGUGAUCUAUUAUAUUGGGUAAGUUUACCGUUUUUUAUUACCGUUUUAUAUUUAAUUAUCAUUUAUUGAGCCACGCGUUUCCCAAGUGACGUCAGACCAAGUGUUUUCACUUCUUAUCCAUCAUCCCACGUCUUGCAUCUCACGCGCGUCAGGGGUAUCACGUUUUUUGAUAUUCAUGAUAAUUGCUCCCUAUUUUGUAGACUUGUAAGUAUAUUGUCUAGUUAGAGGGAGGGAGCGGUUUAUAGGGUUUUUUAGUGGGUUUCUUUUUUUCAAGUUGAGAAUUUUCUAGUGUGGGUAUUUUUUAGAGAGAGUUUUGAAAUUCAAAAUUUCUCUCUAUUUAGUGUGGCAGUUUCAUAGAGGGUUAUUCAUUUGAAACUUUCUCAAAAAAAUCUGAUUGUAAAUGGUUAAUACUCGUUCUUCCCUUUCUCCAUCUGGUUCAUCGAAGCUUCUUCUUGACAAGUUAAAAAUGAAGAAAACGAUUUCUGAAGAUGACAAUGAAGAUCUUUCUGGUGGUUCUGAGGGCUCUGGUGAUGUUUCUGUUAAGGAAGUGAAGAGGAAGCAAUAUAAUCGUGGAAACAAGAAGGUUACUGACGAUCGGCCUUUGAAAAAAUUAAAACAAGUUGUUGAAUAUGAUGAGGACUUCUACGACAGUGAUGAUCUAGAAGUUGAGAACAAUGAAUCGAUGAAGGAGUGGGAGUUAUAUUUCAAGCAUGAGGAUAGGGUUGGUGGAAGAAUAAUUUUUUUUCCUAACCAUGAAAACAAUGUUAUUGCCAUUAUCAAUAGUAAAUUGACUCCUUCUCAAGCAAAGCUGUUUCGUGAGACAUGUUUUGGACAUUUUUUGGACAUGAAUCCAAUUGCAAUGCAAACUCAGUUGAUUCACAGUGCUUUGCACAGGGAGGUACACCAGAAAAAUCCUUAUGAAAUGUGGUUCAAAUUUGGUUCUCAAAAUUUCAGGUUUAGUUUGGCUGAGUUCUGUUGUGGUAGGUUUAUUAUGUGUUGGUGA